AUGUCGUACAUAAACGUAGUUUUUAAAACGAGUGACACAAAUAGAACGUGCUUACAAUUACCAGUUAAUUUCACAUAUGAAGAUUUCGUUGGUGUAGCAGAACGAUUGUAUGGUGCCGGUUGUUGUCAAGUAUUGACUUUUGUUGCUGGUAGUAAAAAUAUACAUGUACAUGAUCGAACACAAUUUGAUAAGAGCAGAGAAUUUAUUAAAAAUCAUUGUCAAAUAUGGACUGCGCAAAAAAUGAUGGGUGGUUGCUUCUUGCGGGAUACAUUCAUUUUACUUUCGGACGGAACUAGAAAAAACAUAAGCGACGUUCAAGUCGGUGACAGCUUACUGGCAUUUACCACCUUCGGUGAGAUCGUUACUACGUCGAUUCAAGAAGUUUUCGUUCAUGAUGUCGACGAAUAUAUCAAACUAAGUGCUGGAGAUAGCCUGUUGUGUGUGACGCGUGAACACCCAUUCUUUGUCGGAAAUGACAGCUUUUGUUCACUAGAGAAACUUCAUAUCAACGACUGCAUCUACAGUUUGGUUGAUGGUCGGCUUCAAUCAAUGUCCAUCAUGAGCAUGGUAACUAUUGUUGCCCCGACUACACGUGUAUACAACCUGCGCACUGCAGAACCACACACCUAUUUUGCUAAUGGAUUUGCUGUUCAUAACAAAUUCGGUGCAGAGUUUGUCGAUCUGAGCAACAUUAGUGGUCUCAAACGACUUGAAUGGAGUCCCAGCGGUCCCACAUGGUAUACAGCAAAACCUGGUCUUUGCCUUGAGGGUCAGUGCACCAAUACAUCAUGUGAAGCGCACAAAUGUGAAAAAUACAAACGGACAGUGAUUAUUAAUCUUGGAUUUAGACAAUUCGAUCUGCUGGCAGACGCCAAUGCUGAUACAGCGAAGUGUCCCGCAUGUGCACGCUAUGUCGAACCGAAGACAUGCGCUUUCAACAGAUGCAAAUGGCGGUGGCAGGGAAUUAAGCAAGCUCAAAGUGGUAUGCCACCUGAGAACAUUUCGGCAGACUGGAAAGUUGCUGACAAUGCUUAUCAUCGAUUCGACCAAGAUGUCAGUGGAACAGUCAUAUGGAGAAAAUUAAUUAUUGAAACGCAAGAGAACUGA